AUGAAUUAUCCAUUAUUUGUUGAAUCAAAUCACACAGCAAUCUAUAAAGCAUAUCGUCCGAGGUAUCCAAAAGAACUCUAUCAUCGAAUAUUGGAGUUUUAUUUCAAUAAAGUCAAUAUUGAUGAAAUUAAUAAAAAAAUACCAUUAGCUGUCGAUAUUGCUUGUGGCAGUGGACAGGCUACAAUUGAUUUAAGUUCUUACUGUGGUCAUGUGAUUGGUAUUGAUGGUAGUGAAAAUCAAUUAAAACAGGCAUCAUUGAAAGAUAAUAUCGAAUAUCAUUGUUCAACUGCAGAAAAUUUAACAUUUCUACCAUCAAAUUCUAUUGAUCUUGUUACAGUAGCAACAGCAUUACAUUGGUUUGAUAUUGAAACAUUUUUUCAACAAGUAAACCGUAUUCUAAAGCCAAAUGACGGUGUUUUAUGUAUUUGGGCUAUUGGUAUGCCAUUAUUAAAUAAUUCAAAAGCUAGUGAAAUACUAAAUAAUUUUUGUCAAAAUGAUCUUAAUAAUUGUUGGAGUGAUCGAGUAAAUUUAGUUAUUAAUCAUUAUGAACCUAUACUUGAUAAAUUUCCAUAUCCAACAACAAGAAUAAAACAUAUUAUUGAACAUCAACAGGAAAUGUCUAUUUAUGAAUUCGUUAAUCUAAUUGAAACAUGGAGUCCAUGUCAAAAAUAUUGUGAAAUUCAUGGAAAAGAUAAAUUAAAAGAAUUAUUGAAAAUGUUUGCGAAUAAUUUGGUAACAUGUUAUAUCGAAUCAACAAAUGAUAUUGUUGAUCGAAAUUUUAUUAAUAAUCAAAUGAUCGUUGUCAAAUGGAUAAUACAUUUACAUUUAAUGAAAAAAACAAUAGUUGAUACUCAUUAA